UGACACAUGACAUUAAAAUUCUAUGAGUACCUUGUAUUUGUUGUGAAUUCUGAUAAAAUCAUGUCGAAUCGUUCAUAAUUAUUACCAUAAAACUCGUGAAAUUUAUAUCAAAAGUGGGCUUAAAUUUAAUAAUAUUAUGCGUGCUCUGAUCGCCUAUUUUUAUAUUUAACAGUCGUAAAUUAACGGUAAAACCUGCGUUACGUUUGGACACUCGAUAUAAUGGAAUCUUUAUCAAAACAAGAACUUAUUUCGACAAUAACUAAACAAGCGGAUCAAAUUAAGCGUUACGAAGGACGACUAAGAGAUGUUGUAGCUGCAUAUAAAGGUCUUGCGAAAGAAAAAGAGGCCUUGGAAAUAAGUUUGAAGGCUUUAAACCGGACUGAAAGUAAUGAGGAUGCUUCAAAGGAUUCCAUUGCAGCUCUCACACUGUCAUUAUCCACACUCACUGCAGAGAAGGCACGAAUGGAAGAAGCUUUUCAGGCUGAUAAAAAAGUUACCAGGGAUAAGUAUGAGAACAUGAUAGCAUCGAUGAGGGAAGAAACAAAAACAUUGGUACAGCAACAUUUGGCUGAAGUAGGUAAUCUUAAAGCUAAGAUUGCAUACGAGAUUCAGGAACGAGAGAAAGAAAGGGCUGAUCAUUCUGCUAUGUUAAAAGAAUUACACAUGAAAUUAAACAAUGAAAGAAAGACUAAAGAGAAGUUGGAGGACAAAGUUGAACACAAUUCAGAAUCACAAGCCUCCCAAGCAGAACUGGAGAAGCGAGUCCGCGACCUCAACAGUUCAUUGGAGGCGUCACAGCGACGACUACAGCGAGCCGAGGCACGUACUGUGGAGACACCCGCGCUGCUCGUACGCCUGCAACAGAAGUUGGCGCUACUGGAGCAGUCGCACUCCAUCGCCAUACGGGAGGAACAAAUAAAAGCGAAGAGGGCAGAGGAAUCGGCCCGGAAAAUCUGCGCGCGACAAGAGGAAAGAGUUGCGCUACUGGAAGGGAAGCUGGCAGAGUUAUCGCAGACUAUAGGCGAGUACGACUUGCUACGGCGACGUGACCAGCAGCUCAUCCAGCAACUGAGAGAUUCUUUAAACGGAAGACUGUUGGACAAAAUAGCCAGUAAUGGAGUUGAGGAGAAUCAGAUAAGCGAAACGGAUAACGAAAAAUUAGCAGAUAGCGAGUAUCUGCAAACAAUAAUAGACAAAAUACACAUACUCAAAAAGGAGUUAAUCGCGGAAAACGACAAACUUGGCAAUCCCAUUGAUUUGUCGGCUAUCUUCAAACUUGACGGUUAUGAGAAUUUUCACAGUAAAUGUAGGCAGGAAUAUGAUGAACUGAAAAACGAAUUCGAUAAUUACAAGUUGCAUAAUGCUAAGGUUAGAGAGAGUGGACAAGAAGUCGAAAGCGAGAUAGAAGAUCUAAAAAGCGAGAUAGCAGUAUUAAAAGAAAAAGUGGAAACUUAUAUGUUACUGUUGGAAGACGAGAAACAAGACAAGUUUGAUUCUCUGCGGCUUCAUGAAGAGAAACUAAAAUCCGAGAAGGAAUACCACAAAGAAGUGGUUUCAGAUCUCAAAACGAGAAUACAAAGUUUAGAAAAGCAAGUACAAACGCAAAGAGAUAGAUACGAAACGUUGCUCGAAGAAACAGACAACUACAUAAGGUCUAGGAACGAUCGUUCUAGAAAAGUCAGCACUGAAGAUGGUAACUUCAAAGAUGGACAUAUGGUCUUAAAUGAUGGUACGGCUCCGCCUCACUUGCUACAUUAUGCCCACGAAUUAGCGAGGAAAGAUCUUGAUAUCACUCAACUGAGACGUGAGAAGCAUGUUCUAGAGGGACAGUACAGAGAUUGUCAACGUGAUGCAACAAUAGAGAAAGAGAGGUUCAAGGAAGUUUUACGAACACUUAAAGAAGAAAUUGACAGGUUAAGAAGAAGCCAGUCAAGAGAGGGCGCUAAUUUGGAAUACUUAAAGAACGUAGUUAUGGCAUAUCUCAUGUCGAGCGACUAUGCGGGAAGAAAGCAUAUGUUGAACGCAAUCGCUGCAGUACUACACUUUACUGAUAGCGAGAGAAAAAUUGUAUUUAGUACAUUGUAAUAGAAUUAACAUAUCACUGCUGGGCAUAGGCUUUUUUCUCCACGUCGGAGGAUUGGAGCUUAAUCCACCACGCUGUUC